AGGGGUGGCAGGAGGGGCCACUGCAUGUCUGAUGCUGUGCCCAGCCUCUUCCUGCCUCCAGCAGGUAGUAGGGGGAGGGUUCCCUAGACCACUUAUCUACUGAGUGAUGCCUCUGGCUUGUGAGGAUUCCUGGGUUUCUAGCCUGACAGCCACCCUUGGCCCCUGCAGCCGCCUGUGAUGCUGCUGUCCCCCAUCGCCCCGUGGCCCCACAAUGACCCACAGCCCCGCGACAAGCGAGGAAGAGGAACGCCACAGUGCCAGCGAGUGUCCCGAGGGGGGCUCAGAAUCCGACAGCUCCCCAGACGGGCCAGGGCGAGGCCCCCGGGGGACCCAGAGCCGGGGCAGUGGGACACCUGGUAGCCUGGCCUCAGUCCGAGGCCUCCAGGGCCGCUCCAUGUCUGUCCCCGACGACGCUCACUUCAGCAUGAUGGUCUUUAGGAUUGGCAUCCCGGACCUGCACCAGACAAAAUGCUUGCGCUUCAAUCCUGAUGCUACCAUCUGGACAGCUAAGCAGCAGGUGCUCUGUGCCCUGAGUGAAAGCCUGCAGGAUGUGCUCAACUAUGGCCUAUUCCAGCCAGCCACCUCAGGCCGUGAUGCCAACUUCCUGGAGGAGGAGAGGCUGCUGCGGGAGUACCCUCAGUCCUUUGAGAAGGGGGUUCCUUACCUGGAGUUCCGAUACAAGACCCGAGUUUACAAACAGACCAACCUGGAUGAGAAGCAGCUGGCCAAGUUGCACACAAAGACGGGAUUGAAGAAGUUCCUGGAGUAUGUGCAGCUCGGGACAUCCGACAAGGUGGCACGGCUGCUGGACAAGGGGCUGGACCCCAAUUACCAUGACUCAGAUUCAGGAGAGACCCCUUUGACACUGGCAGCCCAGACAGAAGGCUCCGUAGAGGUGAUUCGAACCCUGUGCCUGGGCGGGGCCCACAUCGACUUCCGGGCCCGGGAUGGCAUGACAGCCUUGCACAAGGCCGCAUGCGCCCGGCAUUGCCUGGCUCUCACGGCCCUCCUGGACCUUGGGGGCUCCCCCAACUACAAGGACCGCCGGGGGCUGACCCCUCUGUUCCACACGGCUAUGGUGGGAGGUGACCCCCGAUGCUGUGAGCUGCUUCUGUACAACAGGGCCCAGCUGGGCAUAGCUGAUGAAAACGGCUGGCAGGAGAUCCACCAGGCCUGCCAGCGGGGUCACUCUCAGCACCUGGAACACCUGCUCUUCUAUGGGGCUGAGCCCGGAGCCCAGAACGCCUCAGGAAACACAGCCUUGCACAUCUGUGCCCUCUACAACAAGGAGACCUGUGCCAGGAUCCUUCUUUAUCGUGGGGCCAACAAGGAUGUGAAGAAUAACAAUGGACAGACCCCCUUUCAGGUGGCAGUGAUUGCUGGGAAUUUUGAGCUGGGGGAGCUGAUCCGAAACCAUCGAGAACAGGAUGUGGUGCCCUUCCAGGAGUCUCCCAAGUAUGCAGCCCGGAGACGGGGACCCCCAGGCACAGGGCUAACAGUGCCCCCGGCACUACUGCGGGCCAACAGUGACACCAGCAUGGCACUGCCUGACUGGAUGGUGUUCUCUGCCCCGGGGACCUCAUCCUCUGGGGCCCCAGGCCCUACCUCAGGGCCCCAGGGCCAGUCACAGCCCUCAGCUCCCAGUACCAAGCUCAGCAGUGGGACCCUCCGAAGUGCCAGCAGCCCCCGGGGCGCCCGGGCCCGCUCCCCAUCCCGUGGGAGGCACCCCGAGGAGGCCAAGAGGCAGCCCCGUGGACGGCCCAGCUCCAGCGGGACACCCCGGGAAGGGCCAGCCGGGGGCACAGGUGGCUCUGGGGGCCCUGGGGGUUCCCUGGGCAGCCGUGGGAGGAGAAGGAAGCUCUACUCAGCAGUACCCGGACGCUCCUUCAUGGCUGUGAAGUCAUACCAGGCCCAAGCCGAGGGGGAGAUCUCCCUGAGCAAGGGCGAGAAGAUCAAAGUACUUAGCAUCGGGGAAGGAGGCUUCUGGGAAGGCCAGGUCAAAGGUCGCGUCGGCUGGUUCCCUUCUGACUGCUUGGAAGAGGUGGCAAACCGCUCCCAGGAGGGAAAGCAAGAAAGCCGCAGUGACAAGGCAAAGAGACUCUUCCGUCAUUAUACCGUGGGCUCCUACGACAGCUUUGAUGCCCCAAGCUUAAUGGAUGGGAUUGGCCCAGGGAGCGAUUACAUCAUUAAGGAAAAGACAGUCUUGCUGCAGAAGAAGGACAGUGAGGGGUUUGGGUUCGUGCUCCGGGGAGCCAAGGCGCAGACCCCCAUCGAGGAGUUCACCCCCACCCCCGCCUUCCCGGCGCUACAGUACCUUGAGUCAGUGGACGAGGGUGGCGUGGCAUGGCGAGCUGGACUACGAAUGGGAGACUUCCUCAUCGAGGUGAAUGGGCAGAAUGUGGUGAAGGUGGGCCACCGGCAGGUGGUGAACAUGAUCCGCCAGGGGGGCAACACGCUGAUGGUCAAGGUGGUGAUGGUCACCAGGCACCCGGACAUGGAUGAGGCCGUCCAUAAGAAAGCACCCCAGCAGGCAAAACGGCUCCCACCCCCAACCAUCUCCCUGCGUUCCAAGUCUAUGACCUCAGAGCUGGAGGAGAUGGUCUCCCCCUGGAAGAAGAAGAGUGAGUACGAGCAGCAGCCUGCGCCGGUGCCCAGCAUGGAGAAGAAGCGGACCGUAUACCAGAUGGCUCUCAACAAACUGGAUGAAAUCCUGGCUGCAGCUCAGCAGACCAUCAGUGCCAGCGAGAGUCCUGGGCCUGGUGGCCUCGCAUCCCUGGGCAAACACCGACCCAAGGGCUUCUUUGCCACUGAGUCGAGCUUCGAUCCCCAUCACCGCUCCCAGCCAAGUUAUGAACGUCCUUCUUUCCUGCCUCCAGGACCUGGGCUUAUGCUCCGGCAAAAAUCUAUUGGGGCUGCAGAAGAUGACAGACCCUACCUAGCACCCCCAGCCAUGAAAUUCAGCCGCAGCCUGUCCGUGCCUGGUUCGGAGGACAUCCCCCCGCCACCCACCACCUCCCCACCGGAGCCCCCCUACAGCACACCUCCGGCCCCCUCUUCCUCAGGCCGUCUCACUCCCUCCCUCAGGGGAGUCCCCUUCAACCCCGGCUCAGGCGGCCCCCUCCCCGCCUCUUCCCCCUCGUCUUUUGAUGGGCCCUCCCCUCCUGACGCCCGCGGGGGCGGCCUCCUGCCUCCGCCCGCCCCCUCGGUGGACGUGGAAGACGGCGAAUUCCUCUUCGUGGAACCGCUGCCUCCGCCCCUGGAGUUCUCCAACAGCUUCGAAAAGCCCGAGUCGCCCCUCACGCCUGGGCCUCCCCACCCGCUGCCCGACCCACCCACCCCGGCCACCUCUUUGCCCCCUGUGCCACCCCCAGCGGCCGCCCCUCCUGCCCUGGACUCCACCGCAUCCAGCCUGACGUCCUAUGACAGCGAGGUGGCCACGCUGACCCAGGGGGUCCCUGCUGCUUCUGGGGACCCCACUCCGCCAGGCCCACCUGCUCUCCCCGCACCGGCUCCCCCUGCCCCACAGCCGGUCCCAGACCCUCCGCCUGGCACAGAUUCUGGUAUUGAGGAAGUAGACAGUCGGAGCAGCAGUGACCACCCCCUGGAGACCAUCAGCAGCGCAUCCACGCUGAGCAGUCUGUCUGCCGAAGGUGGUGGCAGUGCAGGGGGUGGUGGCGGCGGUGGAGCUGGUAUAGCAAGUGGGCCGGAGCUUCUGGAUACCUACGUGGCCUACCUGGAUGGCCAGGCCUUCGGGGGGAGCACUACUCCUGGCCCACCGUAUCCCCCACAGCUCAUGACUCCCUCCAAGCUCCGGAGCCGGGCGCUGGGGGCCAGUGGAGGCCUACGGCCUGGCCCCAGCGGGGGACUUCGGGACCCUGUCACCCCCACCAGCCCCACCGUCUCGGUGACAGGGGCUGGAACCGAUGGGCUGCUGGCUCUGAGUGCUUGCUCCGGACCCUCAACGGCAGGCGUGGCUGGGGGUCCAGUGGCUGUAGAGCCAGAAGUCCCACCAGUGCCCUUGCCCACCGCCUCUUCCCUGCCUCGGAAGCUGCUGCCCUGGGAGGAGGGCCCGGGCCCACCACCGCCACCCCUGCCCGGGCCCCUGGUCCAGCCUCAGGCUUCAGCCUUGGCCACAGUAAAAGCCAGCAUCAUCAGUGAACUCAGCUCCAAGCUUCAGCAGUUUGGGGGCUCCUCGGCAGCCGGCGGCGCUCUGCCCUGGGCCCGGGGAGGCAGCGGGGGAAGCGGGGACAGCCACCACGGGGGAGCCAGCUACGUCCCCGAGAGGACCUCCUCCCUGCAGCGGCAGAGACUCUCCGAUGACUCCCAGUCCUCACUCCUCUCCAAACCUGUCAGCAGCCUGUUUCAGAACUGGCCCAAACCACCUCUGCCGCCACUCCCCACUGGAACCGGAGUCCCCCCUUCAGCUGCUGCAGCCCCGGGGGCCACUUCACCCUCAGCCUCCUCCUCCUCCACGUCCACACGCCACCUCCAGGGCGUGGAGUUUGAGAUGCGGCCCCCUCUGCUCCGCCGGGCUCCCAGCCCCUCACUGCUGCCUGCCUCGGAGCACAAGGUCAGCCCUGCACCCAGGCCCUCGUCCCUGCCCACCCUGCCCUCCGGACCCCUCUAUCCAGGCCUCUUUGACAUCCGUGGCUCCCCCACUGGAGGGGCAGGAGGCUCAGCUGACCCCUUUGCCCCUGUUUUUGUGCCACCACACCCGGGGAUGUCCGGGGGACUUGGAGGAGCCUUGUCAGGGGCCUCCCGCUCCCUCUCACCAACCCGCCUGCUUUCGCUGCCCCCGGACAAGCCAUUUGGCGCUAAACCUCUGGGGUUCUGGACCAAGUUCGAUGUGGCCGAUUGGCUCGAGUGGCUGGGCUUGGCUGAGCACCGAGCCCAGUUCCUGGACCACGAGAUCGACGGCUCCCACCUGCCUGCCUUGACCAAGGAAGACUAUGUAGAUCUGGGUGUGACCAGGGUGGGCCACCGCAUGAACAUCGACCGGGCUCUCAAAUUUUUCCUGGAGAGGUGAUGGCUGGCCUGGGCGGACCAGCCCGUCCACAGAACCCUUGAGCCUGCUGGCCUCUUGAUCUCUGAACCCUGACCGUCAUUCUCUCCCUGGGCCAAGGACUCUGCUAAAACUGCCCCCUGCCCUGGUUUCCCAAGGCUGGAGGUCACCAAGUGGCCCGAUCCAGGCCGGACAUUUACACCUCAUAGGAGGGGGCAGCUGACUGUGUGUGUGUGAAGCCCGGGGCAAAGGGGGAAGGGGGAAUGGAAGGAAAUACAGAGGGGGAUUGAGGAGGAGGGAAGGGUCAAUUCUGGGGGGAGGGAACAGACAGAGCCAUAGAGGGUCAGCCCUAAGCCUGAUUGGAUGGGGGCUGUCCCCCAGGCCACAGGGGAAGGGGGUGCCCUCAGAUUCCACCACCUGCCGCCCCUCUAACAACCCUUCCCACCCUCUCCAGGCCCCUUAGCUCUCCCCCAUUCCUCUCUCCCCAGCACACACAGUUGUCCCACCCGCAGCCUCUUGCACGCUUUGUUGCACGCCUGCUCGCCUCUCUCCUGCCCCUCCCCUCCCUGGGCUGCAAUUUUGCACAAAUUUGCCCUCUCGCUGUCUUGCACAUUCCGCCUUCGCUCUGGCUUGCGAGGCCCUCUUAGCUCUCAAACUCUCAAUUUUCCUUGCACACAAUGCAUUUCUUUUCUCAUGCUCCGUGCCCACCACAUGCUCUUUCCGACUCUGGCUUACACACUUUUCCCCUGGGGCCCUCCCUUGCACACCUCACUUUGUAAAAUCUCCAGACCCUCCCUGCUCACUCUGGACCCUUGCUGCAGACACACUUGGGACACUUUUUCCCUUCCCCACUCAGACUGUGCACACGUAUUUAUUCUCUGGAGUGCCCUUCUCUUUGUUCAACUCUUGCACACUUGCCAUUUUGUGCACCCCACCUGACACUCUUACCUCCAUCUUCCUUUGAAGCACUUUCUCUUCUUGAACCCCCAGCCAGGUUCUUACUUUACCCACUUCUCCCUCUCACAGUGACACUCCUACCCCUGCCCUCCCCCUUACUCUCUUGCACUGUCACUUUUUAUCACACCCCUCGCACACUUGCCUCCCAGGAACUAUGUUUUUCUUGCAAUGUUCAUUCCUUUCUUCUUUGCCAGGCUCCCACUCCCUACGCCCUUCUUUCUCAGAUCUUUGCGCAUCUCCAUUCCUGACCUCUUCAUGAGCGCUCUCGUGCACUCGCUCUUGCGUACGCACCCUUCCCAGCACUUUCACUGCUCUCUGGAAGCCUUUUUCUUUCCCUGAAUAAUGUUCUUGCACACUGUGACGCUGCUGUACACUCCUUCUCGUCUCCUUACCUGGACAACUUUUUCCAUCUCCCUUGAAGAAUUCCAUCACGUCUUUCCUAUUGCACAUUUGUCUCGUUCCACAUACUCUUGGGCUGAACUACCACUUCUUUUCCUGACACUCUUGUUUUUUGUUCCUGUCAAGGGACAGCUCUUGCGACCAUUCUCACUCUUAUUCUCUUACUUCUUCCACUACUCUCUUCCUGACCAGAGAAGACCCUGUGCCUCCUCGCUUCCUGCUCACCACGCUUCCACAGCCUCCUCCCACUGCCUCCAGCCCUCACUCACCCUCACAGCCUCCCUCCUGUCACUCUUCCCUGUCCUUCCUGGGCCACCUGUCCAUCCAUUUUGCACGAAGAUUCCCCCCUCCUCCUGACCCUUCCUUCUCUCCAAGAAACUCCCUCUCCCUCCAGCAUGGCUGUUCCUUCCUGCACGCUUCCCCCCUCCGCUUAUUCCUGGGGCUUGGGAAUUUUAAGCCACCCGUCCCCCUGGGAUGCCCCCUCCCCUGCUGUGGUUAAGGGGAGGAGGGCAUCGCCCUCAGGUCCCCCCAAGUUCAGCUGCCAAAGAAGGGAGCUCCCCCUCCUUCCCCUAAGCCCAUUUCCACUCUGCUGCCCCCCUACCCCCUGGGGGGGCGCUCCAUCCAUGAGGGGAGGGGGCUGCAAGCCCCCUCCCCUCACCAUGUCAGGGAUCUGCGGGGAACCUUGUGGGAGGGUCGUGGGAGGGGGGAGGGGUGUCGAGGAGGGGGCGGAGGUCGCGCUGGGCCCCUACCCGCCCCCUCCCCCUUGUCGGAUGCCCCCAGUCCGCAGGGGGCCUGCGCGGCGCCCGUCUAUCAAGGGCUUGUUCAUUCUGGAUGGGUGCCGCGGGGUUGGGGAGGGUGUAGGGGGUGGGGAGGGGGGAGGAGA